CUGCGUCAGAAGCAAAAACUCGCCCUGCACGGUGCAACACACACUUCUGUAUUCAGAUGACAGCUCAGUGAUAACAAACGACACAACGAUAUCUGCUCCGGUGGGCUGUCAGCCAUACGUUUAUGUUCUGAAGCGGAGAACUUUCAACGUUUUUAUUUUCUCGGAGCUUCCGCAGAGGAUUUACUUCUUUACGCUUUUACCUGGUUUGAUCAACAAUGCCUGCUGACACUAUGGAAAAGCAGACGGCAUCUCCUAUCGCCGGUUCCCCAGCAAACGGAACACACACACCGGACAAACCGAAAAAUGCCAGCGAGCAUAGAAAGUCAUCCAAACCGAUCAUGGAAAAACGCCGGAGAGCAAGAAUAAACGAAAGCCUUGGCCAGCUCAAGACUCUCAUCCUGGACGCACUUAAAAAAGAUAGCUCCAGGCACUCCAAGUUGGAAAAAGCAGACAUUCUGGAGAUGACUGUGAAGCACUUGAGGAACCUGCAGCGUGUUCAAAUGAGCGCAGCACUCUCAGCAGAUGCCACCGUCCUGAGCAAAUACCGAGCUGGAUUCAACGAGUGCAUGAACGAAGUCACCCGCUUCAUGUCCACCUCAGAUGGGGUGAACACGGAGGUGAGGUCGAGGCUCCUCACCCACCUGUCCAGCUGCAUGGGCCAGAUGAUGUACCCGCAGCAGGCCGCGUCCCAGCAUGCGCACCUGGCUCAACCUCUCCAUGUGCAGCUCCCCUCCACCCUACCCAUCAACGCUGCCACCAUGGGCUCCAAACUCAGUCCUGUCGAGGCAAUGUCCCCUAAGGUCUUUGGUGGUUUUCAGCUGGUGCCUGCAAGCGAUGGACAGUUUGCGUUUUUGAUCCCUAACCCAGCAUUCGCCUCCGCCACAUCGCCUGUUAUCCCACUUUACGCAAACGCAGGAUUGCCUGUUGCUCUCAACGCGAGUCCGGUGCAUGGCAGCUCGGCAUCGACUGCUGCUUCUCCGGUGCAUGGCAUGACUUCCUUCUCCGGGGUGUCCCAGGCAGUCAGCCCGGUCGGAGUCAGCACCGGUCCAGAGGGCAACGAGCCUGUUUGGAGGCCUUGGUAGCGCCAGGGACAAGAGAUUCAUGUCAAACCAGUUUGCAUUACUUUUCCAGUUUAGACAUUUAACUGACUGCACAGACAACUGUUGCAGGAAUUUAACCUGUGACUAUUCCUCUACGGGACGGUAACUCUAACCACUUAAUGCCCCCCAGUAGUUCUCAUUGUUUCGUUUUAUGGAACAAGUUUCGCCUUAUUUGGCCAAUGUUUGUUUUUCUAUAAUUUAUUUUCUGAUUCCAACAUUUGGAUGUCGGUGAUAAACAUGCUGUAUAUGUUAAAGAUUUAUAGGAAAGUUUGUUAUGAAGUACUUUUUAUGAAAAGGUUUUAGUUUUGUACAGAUGUGUUAUUGACUGUUAUACCAAAGCUGUGUUUUACAUUCUUUAUUGUUUUGUGUUGAAAAGAAAAACUGAAGUUGGCUGUUGGCCCUUUGUUUUAAUAAAUUACUUUUCAGAAAUUCA